GCGGGACUCCGGGAUCCAGUCCGGGCGGAGGCAGAGCAGCCGGAUCGCUUCGAGGCGAAGGAGGAGGAGGAGGAGGAAGGGGAGGAAGACCUACCGCUCCUAAAACCGGACACACACACGCACACACAACACACACACACGCAGGUUAGGCAGCGGCGGGAUGGAGUCUCACAGACUCAGCGGCUCCACGGAGGUCCAGAUGCAGAGAGGCUACGUGCUGCAGCACCGCCCGGCAGCAGCCGACAGCCAGGAGAACCUGUUUGGAGUGAGAGUGCAGGUUCAGGGAUUCAAAGGCCAGCCUUACGUGGUUCUGAACAGUUCUGGUCAGGAGAUCCACAAGGACGUGUCUGUCAUUACCCACCAGGCGGGUUACCACCCCGGGGUGGUGAGAAGGUCUGCGGAUGAGACGCAGCGGAGGCCAAACUCUUCUUCUGGGUUUAAUUAUCAGAGUCAGUCUGAGAUCCUGAGGCUGUAUGACCCAGAAAAUAACCAAAGCAUCUCCAGCUCCCGACACACAUCGCUUUCUGCUGAGCGUCCCAAACCCAGGAUCCCACUGCCUGCCGAAGGCCCUGCAGACGACCCGGCGGAUCUCUACCACGACCUCACAUCCUCCUCAGAGGGACACAGCGCUCCGCUGUCCCCAAACGCAGUGGACACCGACUCCAUCAUGUCUGUCGGCAGAUUAAUAAGCCAGUUCAACAGCAGCCUGCAGAGGGGACGAGGUCCGAGAAACAGGCUGGACAAAGAGGCGUGUCGACGCUCCCGCAGCGUCGACAGCAGCCGCACCUCCAGCUCCUCUUCCUCGUCGCCUUCAGCCAGCAGAGCGUCUUCCCUUAAGGGCAGCAGAGGAGAAACCCCAGCUGGGGUUUAUCCCCCUGGAUCAGCCAGGGCGCGCCUCCUCGGCGGAGAAUCCGCUCGGACAAACAGAGUCGAGGAGAACAAGCCGAGCAAGGGACAGCAAGGGAGAGAGACGGCAGUGCUGUCCAAACCGCCGGACAAAAGAGACACACAGGUUACUCCUGAUCUUCUGAAAGGACAGCAAGAGCUCUCAGCAGAUCCGCCUGAAGAAGCAACAGAGCAAAUACUCUUUACAUGUCUGAAGAAUGGGACCGCAGAUGAUGACCCCACAACCCAAAGAAAAGUCAAACUGCUGCUCGACAACAUCAGCGAACUCAAGUCCAAGGCUGCGGAGAGUGUGGAAGAGGAGGAGGAGGCGAGAGCCUCUGCAGCAGGAAUAAAAAUGCUGCAGGAGAAACAGGCAGCUCUGGAGAAAGAAGUUGCACAUCUCAAGCAAAAACUUGGCAUUGAGAUUAAGAAUGAAAUGACUUUAGCCAAAGCUUUUGAGAAAGCGAGGACGGAGAAGAAGAAACUUCAAGAAGAGUUGAACAAAAGUCAGACGGAGCUUCGCAAACUGAGAGAGAAGCUGACGGAAAUCGAGGCAGAGCUUCAGACCACCAAGCAGGAACUGACUCAGAUGAAGACAGAAAGAGAAAGAGCUAAAGCGGAGAUGAAAGACCUCCAGCAACAACUCUCCGAGAUGCACGACGAGUUGGACCGCGCCAAGAAGACCGACGCGAUAAAUACGGAGAAAGAGAUUCUUCUUCAGGACUUGGCGCAGCUGCGCAUGGACUUUCAGGAGAUGCUGCAGGUGAAAGAGGAGCAGGAGGAGGUGCUGCAGCACCGGGAGACGGAGCUGAGUGCCCUGAAGGGGGCGCUCAAAGAGGAGGUGGAGACUCAUGAUAAAUACGUCGCUGCUCUGAAAGAAGAAUAUGAACUGGAGCUCGAGAAGCUGCUGGUUGACUUGCAGCAAGCAAAGGAGAGCAACGCCUACUUGGGUCAGGAAGUGGCUCAUGUGGAGGAGGAGAAAGGUGCAGCUAAGGUGCAGCUGAAGGAACUGAUCCAGGAGAGAGACAACCUGAAAGGAAAAGUCCGAGAGCUGAGCAACAAGGUGGAGCAGCUGAAUCAGGCCGUCCAGGAGUUUAAAACCACGGAGAGGAUGAUGGAGCAGAGAACGAAGCAGCUGGAGAGGGAAAAGAACCAGGUGGAGGAAAUGCUGGAGGAUGUGAGGAGGAGCGAGGAAGAGCUGUGUCAGUCCAACCAGUCUCUGCUUUCCCGCUUGGAAGAUGUGCAGAGUAAGCUAACCAAGUUAAACCAUGAGCACAAGGAUUUAAAGGAAAAGCUCAAAGAAGAGAGGAAGCAAGUUGAAGAGCUGUGGAAAAUCAAAGCAGAGCUGGAAGACGAGAGGAGGAUGCAGGACAGGGGGAUGGAGCAACUGCAGAGGAAGAUGAACACCAUCAUUGAGGAGUGCGAGGCGUCCACAGAUGUGCUUCAGCACCAGGUCGACGAGGCCAGAGAGAGGAGUCAGAGGGAGCUGACCGAGCUGCGCAGACAGCUGCAGGAAAAGGGAGCAGAGCUGGAGAAAUCCAGACAGGCAGCCAAAAAACUGCAGGAAGAGCUGCUUCCUCUGGAGGAGGAUCUGCGGAGGUGUCACAGGGAGCAGCAGGAGGCCCAGCUGAGAGGCCGGCAGCUGGAGCAGCGGGUGGAGGAGCUGGAGCAGAAGAAUGCAGCCGUGUUGGAGGACCGGGAGCGCCAGGCUAAACUCAUGGAGGACCGAACCAGGCGGCUGGAGGAAGAUCUUAACGAUGAGCGCAGCGGUUCAGAUCGCCUGAUGGAGCGAUUAGACAAAACUAAAGAACAGAUGGAUCAGAUGAGGAAUGAACUGCUGCAGGAACGAGCUGCCAGGCAGGACGUGGAGUGUGACAAGAUGAGCCUGGAGAGACAGAAUAAAGACCUGAAGAGCAGGCUCAGUCAUCUGGAAGGAUCCCAGAAAACAAACCAGGAUUCACUUGUCUCCAAACUUAACAGCCGAAUCCAAGAGCUGGAGGAGAGGCUGCAAGGAGAGGAGAGGGAAAACAACAACCUGCAACAGGUGAACCGCAAACUGGAGCGCAAAGUGAAGGAGAUGAAAAUACAGGCGGACGAGGAGCACAUCAACCUGCAGAGCCAGAUGGACCAGCUGACUCAGCGGCUGAAGACGGCGAAGAGGCAGAUGGAUGAGGCGGAGGAGGAGAUUGAGCGUUUGGAGCACAGUAAAAAGAAGCUGCAGAGGGAAGUGGACGAGCAGAUGGAGGCCAACGAGCAGCUUCACGGCCAGCUGAAUACUCUGCGCAACGAGAUGAGGCGUAAGAAGAAGUCUCCUCCCUUCAUGAAGCUUGUGGAGGAAGAUCUGAACGACACGGAUGAUUUUGGUUCUGAUUGAUGGAUCUAUGAUUAAAAAAAGUUCUGGACUUUAUAAAGAAGUAUUGUUCUUACUGUGAAUAUACAGUACAGUUAACAACUCAGGUGUGAAUUAUCAUUUUCUAACUACUAAUGACGCUUUGUCAGUGCUGACCUCUUGUGGUAACAUUUAUAACAGCAUUUACUAACUAUUUGAUUUAUUCUUUGUUUUCUAUUCAUAUAUCACUGUGAGUUAAGAUGGCGUCAAUCUAAUCUGAAGCAGAUAAAUACCCAGAUGGGGGGAAAAAAACUCUUUUUUUAACAUUGAGCCUUGUGUAUGUACCUUUGGAAAGGGCAAACUAAAAUAAAUCUGAAUGUUUUACGUU